AGCAGUCAUUCAAGUUUUUAACUCUCCUCUGGAAGCUUGAAGCAGAGUGCAUCCCAACUCAUUGAUCUGUGAUGGCUUCUCAUGGCCGGAGGAAUCGUAAAGGCUCUGUCUUUCCAGUCACCAUUCCAAGCUUCUUCGUGAUAGUCUUGGCUCAAGCACUUGAAGAUGGAAAACUUGAAAUUCCAAGAACUGUUGUGAGGCAAUGUGGAGAUCGUCUGGCACAGAUAAUACUUAUCCAGGUUUCUGAAGGAGCAGGCUGGGGAAUCGAGUUGACAAAGAGUAACAGAAAGAUUUGGCUGCAAAAGGGUUGGCCUGGAUUCGCGAAGCAUUACUCGCUGGAGCAUGGUAGCUUACUCCUCUUCAGCUCCCAAGGGGAUUACUUGCAUUUCGGGGUACAGAUUUUCAAGAGGAACACUUUGGAGAUAAACUAUCCACCUUUGGAGAUGAAUUAUCCACCGAAUUCAAGUAGCACUGUGGAGAUGAAUCCUGCAUCCGGUUCAAGCCAUGAUGAUAGUGCUGAUGCUUAUGCUGACAAUGAUGACAAUGAUGCUGAUGAUGAGGAUGACGACAACGAUGAUGCUGAUGAUGGUGGUGCUAAUGAUGGGGAUGCAGGAUCUAAUGAAGAUGUUACUACGUCAGACUAAUCUUAUUUGCACUGAGCUUGUGGCCUAAAUGCAAUGUUUAUGUAUUAGAUUUACUACUAUUGAACUAAUGUUGGAUCAAUGUUUUGUGGAAUUAGUACAUUUACUUAUUCUAGUGUUUGAAUUAAUUUGGAGUUAAAUUCUUGAUGUUGUUGAAAUCGUUUCUUUUGGAUCUAAACAU